GUUAUAUUCCUUUCUCCUCCCUCUCUCUAAUUUGUUCAGUUCUCUCACAUUUUCUUCUAAGCAAGAAAUUGAGAGAACUGAAACAAGAAGUACAAUUCACUUCUGAGCAGCUGUUGAGUUUUCUCUGACUAAACAUUGCAUGUUUCUGAUCUGCCUCUACUUUUUCAAUGGCAAGCACCUCGACUGAACACAAUGUAGCAUCAGGCACAUCUGAAGCCUCUGCAGCAAUAUUACAGCCAAAUGAUGUGCCUGUUAAUCGAUUGUCAAUGGAAUUGGACCUUAAUUAUUAUCGGCCCUUGUACCUUGCUGCGCUAAAAGGAGAUUGGGAAACUGCUAGAGAGUUUUUUGAGCGCGACCCCAAUGCAUUGACAGCAAAUAUUUCAGUAUUGUCGAUGACAGCCUUGCAUGUCGCGGUAUGUAAUGGACAAGCAGAGUUCACUGAGAAGCUGGUGGAGCUCAUGCCUUCUGAUGCGCUGGAAAUGUAUGACGCGGGGUUCUACACUCCCCUGCAUUAUGCUGCUAUGAGCGGAAACAUUAGGAUUGCAAAGGCGCUGGUCAGAAAAAACCCCGCUUUACCACAACUUACAGACCUCAAAGGCUAUACUCCUCUCCUGACUGCUAUUUGUGUUGCUCCUGAACAUAAAGAGUUGUUGUGGUAUCUUACAAAGGUAACCAAAGACGAUCCUCCUAGCUCUCCCUUCACUGGUCAAUGGUCCGGGGAGCUCAUUACCUUCUUAACUCACACAGGAUUACAUGAUAUAUCACUACAUAUACUCCAUAGUUACCCUCACUUGAGCACUGUCAAAGAUACGCAGGGCUAUACUUUACUUCAACUGUUGGCAAUGGAACCUUCAAACUUCCCAAGUGGAAAUAGGUUCAGUUUCUGGGAGAGAUUGAUAUAUCAAAUUGUCCCUGCUGAUACAGAAGCUCCACAACUUUCUGGGAAUUAUGCAGAACUGUCGAUUUCAAUGCAAUCAAAGGCCCAUGUAGCUCAAGCAGUGCUCCGGUGGCUGAAAAUGUGGCUUUUGAAAGUCAUUGACAAAUUAGUGCCGGGAAUUAAGCAAAUUCGAAACAAGAAAUUGAGGCAUAAACAUGCACUGAAACUGGUACAUUUUGUUUGUAAACAAGUUACAACCAUGACUACUACAGAGGUCUUUCAGUAUUUUGUGACGCAUGCCACCUUGGCAGUCGCGACAAUGAGCGGAGUGGUUGAAAUAGUUUCUGUGUGCCUUCAGUAUUUCCCAGAUUUGUUGUGGUUUCCAUUCGAAAACCAGACCUUAAUGCACUUUGCUGUUGAACAUCGCCAAGAAAAGAUUUUUAAUCUUCUGUAUGCUAGGACUGCCAUUAAUAAGCAACAAGCUUAUUCUCUCUGGGAUACAAAUAAUAACAUCUUGACUAUGGCAGCUAAAUUAUCACCGUAUCCUCAACUGUCGAGUGUUUCCGGUGCAGCCCUACAAAUGCAAAGAGAGAUGCAGUGGUUUAAGGCCGUGGAAAGCUUUUUGCAUCCUGCUUUUACGGAAUUGAGAAUAGAAGGAAAAACUGCUUGGCAUAUGUUCCAAGAUGAGCACAACAAAUUGCUUCGGGAUGGAGAGAGAUGGAUGAAAGAUACUUCCAAUUCUUGCAUGGUCGUUUCCACUCUCAUCGCUACAGUGAUGUUUGCAGCAGCAUUUACUGUACCAGGAGGCAAUGAUAAUGUGAAAGGCAUUCCAAUUUUCUUGCAAGAAACCUCAUUUAUGCUUUAUGCUGUCUCGGAUGCACUAGCCUUGUUUUCCUCUGUUACGUCAAUUCUGAUGUUCUUAUCCAUCCUCACUUCACGUUAUGCCGAGGAAGAUUUUCUCAGAGCACUACCCAAGAGGUUGAUUAUCGGCCUUGCUUCUCUCUUUAUCGCCAUAGCUGCAAUGAUGGUUACCUUUGGCACGACGCUCUCCAUUGUGUUGAGUGAUAGAUGGACACCAGUUUCUAUUCCUAUUAUUUUACUGGCUUCUCUCCCAGUUACCUUUUUUGCAAUGUUGCAACUUCCUUUGUUCAUCCAAAUGGUCCAAUCCACAUACGGGUGGGGCAUUUUUCGCGCUGAAAAGCUCUGGUGAUGAAGUGCACCUUGAGCAUGUAAAAAAUGGAACUUUUCCUUAUUCAACUUCUAUAAGACAUUUUUUGUCUAUUAAUUAAGGUGUUCAGAUGUACAAGUGCCUGUUAAUUAAGCUCUUCAGAUUUACAAGUGAUUACACAAUAAAAUAAAAGUGAGCUUUCACAGAA